GACAGAAAGGGAAAUUGAUUGCAGCAAUGGCAAGAACUAAGCAGACCGCUCGUAAAUCCACCGGUGGCAAAGCCCCGAGGAAGCAGCUCGCUACCAAAGCCGCCCGUAAGAGCGCUCCGGCCACCGGCGGCGUCAAGAAGCCCCAUCGUUACAGGCCCGGGACCGUGGCUCUCCGAGAGAUCCGCCGUUAUCAGAAGUCCACCGAGCUGCUGAUCCGCAAACUGCCCUUCCAGCGGCUGGUCCGAGAAAUCGCUCAGGACUUCAAGACGGAUCUGCGCUUCCAGAGCUCCGCUGUCAUGGCCCUGCAGGAGGCCAGCGAGGCUUAUUUGGUCGGUCUGUUUGAGGACACCAACCUAGUUGUGUUAAACAUGUCUGGAAGAGGCAAAGGCGGUAAAGGGCUCGGAAAAGGAGGCGCCAAGCGUCACCGUAAAGUUCUGCGCGAUAACAUCCAGGGAAUCACCAAACCCGCCAUCCGUCGUCUCGCUCGCCGUGGCGGUGUCAAGCGCAUCUCCGGUCUGAUCUACGAGGAGACCCGCGGAGUGUUGAAGGUGUUUCUGGAGAACGUCAUCCGCGAUGCCGUCACCUACACCGAGCACGCCAAGAGAAAGACCGUGACCGCCAUGGAUGUUGUGUACGCGCUGAAGCGACAGGGACGCACUCUGUACGGCUUCGGAGGAUAAACUUCUGAAACCAGGAACAACUACACCAACCCAACGGCUCUUUUAAGAGCCACACACUCUCUCACAUAAAGAGCCAUAUAGGAAUUUAAUUGAUAAAACGCAUUAUUUCCUGGAUUCAGCGAAAAUGUUACUAAAUAUAAACUGUUUCACAGUAAAAUAUUGGGAUUAUUAGUGUUUUUUUCUUUUAGUUCUCUUUAACGAUGAUACCCAGAAUAUGUUGGUUUAAGUGGCGCAUAAAAGACCUUUUGUAAUAUUACACAAUGUUUAAAGAUAUAACUAACUUCAAACUAGAUCA